AGCCUGGGACUUUCUCGCGGUGAAGGGUUUUUCUUUCGUCCUUCGGCUGCUGUAGGACGAGCUUCGAGAGUUGCAGAAGAAAUUUUUCUGUGCGGGAGAAAGAUAAGGGAAAAGAAAAUGGGAGAGAAAGUGAAGUUGGUGAUGUUGCUCGGAGGGGGAGCUAUUCUCGGCUCUGUUUCCACCCUCGUCCUCCUCAAGCUCCUCCCCAGAAGGCGUGGACAGAAGUACAUUAAGGAAGAUUUUAGAUUACAAGGUGAUGGGCUUACACUUGAAACCACGAAGAGAGAUUACUCUUCGAAUGGAGAUCAUCAGAGAGCUGAUGCAGAUCUGCUGAAAGAUGAAAUAGUUUCCGAACAACUGACCAGGAACAUCCAGUUCUUUGGCUUGGAAUCUCUACAGAAAGUGACAAAAUCCUAUGUUGUGGUCAUUGGCCUAGGAGGAGUUGGUAGUCAUGCUGCAUCAAUGCUUCUGAGGUCAGGAGUUGGAAAACUUCUUCUUGUGGAUUUCGACCAGGUAUCACUAUCAUCACUUAAUCGACACGCAGUGGCAACAAGAGCUGAUGUUGGUACUCCAAAAGCCCACUGCCUGAAGAAGCAUUUCUCAUCAGUCUUCCCUGAGAGCAGUAUAGAGGCGAAAGUGCUGCUGUAUGAUGCAUCAACAGAAGAAGAAAUCCUUUCAGGCAAUCCUGAUUUUGUCUUGGACUGCAUUGAUAACAUUGACACCAAGGUUGCUCUUCUUGCUGCAUGUGUUCGUAGAGGAGUGAAGGUUCUAUCUGCAACGGGAGCUGGUGCUAGAGCUGAUCCAACAAGAAUUCGCGUAGCUGAUUUAAAGGAGUCCACAAAUGAUCCAUUAUCUAGAGCUGUAAGACAUCGUUUGAGGAAGGACUAUGGCAUUGAAGGUGGUAUCCCAGUUGUGUUUUCCUUAGAGAAACCUAAGGUGAAGCUGCUUCCAUUCAGGGGUCCAAAUGGAGAAGAAGAAAAUCCUUCAGAUUAUCAAAUUGUGCCAGGUUUUAGGGUUCGUAUAGUCCCUGUUCUGGGCACCAUUCCUGCAAUUUUUGGACAGAUCAUGGCUUCCUAUGUGGUCACACAACUUGCAAGAUUUCAAGUUCAAAUGGAGCCAGUGGUCAAUUUGGAUAUGGAUCAUUACAGGGUCCUUCAUCAACGGCUUAUUGAGCAUGAGGAGUCACUCUUUGGAACAGCUACACAUGUCCAGGUUGAUGUUGAAGAAGUGAUGUACGUGGUAAAAGAGUUAUGGCAUGGUCGCAGCGCAAGAGAGCAGAUCGCAAAAGAUGUAGGACGUGCAAUGUGGAGAUCUGUUAAUGAGUUGAUGCUUGUGAGGUGGGAUCGAGCCCAACCAGCAUCAGUAGCCAAUUUGAUUCUACUAAAAUUUAAUGAGGCUGAUGAACAUGAGCAAAGGACCCUUGACGAUAUACGAAAAGAGGAACCAGAGUUUUUCACAAGAGUGACAUCGGUGCUUCAGAGAGCCAGGGCAGAUUUCGGUUUGUAAUUUUCCAUUUGCACCCUUCUUAGUAGGAAACCGUUGUAUGAUAUGGUUGUAGCAUGUUGGCUGGGUUCGCCUCUUUUGUGGGGCCCAGCUGACAUUCCAAAUUAAUAAAAAAAAAAGAGAAAGAAAAGUCAAAAAGUGAAAAGGAAAAAAAAAAACAAGAGACGGACAAAAAUGAAGAAAAGAAAGGUGCUGCUUCGUGAGUGUGCCCAGUGCCCGAGAGCGAGAAAAAACACAGGAUGAGAGAGGGUUGUCUUGGCCAAGUAAGCGAGAGAACAGGGAAAGAAAGAAGAAAAAUAGGGCUGCUACUUUGUGGUCCCAAUUUGAAGGCCAAACAUCGAUGGAAUGGGCUAAAAUUUGGGUAUGUUCUUCGUGAGACCAAAGGUUACUGAGUUGAUUGAUUUCGUUCAUAGAGAAACUUCUCCAGACUAUCUAUAUUGUUAUGAUUUUCUUGCUCUAUAUGUGUAAAUCUAUCUUUGUGGUAAUGAAAUGUUAUUGUAAUAUUGAUAUUGAGCCUCUAGUACGUGACUAGAAAAGUGCUAUGUAUUCUACUAUUCUUA